AUGGCGCCGAAGAACACCGACCCGGCGCGCGUCGCAGAAAGUAACUUAAGUUACCUCCUUGGGGUUACUGCGGCCUUUCAUAUCAUCGCCCUGGCCUUCAUUGGAAUGCGCAUGUACGCCCGCAUCAUCGUCGUGAAGGCAUUUGGCAAGGAUGACGCCCUUAUACUUGCGUCAACGGCCUGUGUCUUUCUUGGUGGCAUGGUGACCUACAUAUUAGCCGCCCAGCACGGCUUAGGCCGCCACACUGACACCCUGAAGAAAGAAGACCACCAAGAGUACCUGAAGUUGACCUUUAUACAAGCCGUCGUAUCUACCAUUGGUGGCAUGGCUUUUCUCAAGCUAUCUGUCGGGUUUUCACUCCUUCGUCUCGGUGUUCCCACUUUAUAUACCAGAAUGCUCUGGUCGCUUAUCGCCUUCGUCUGUCUUUAUACAGUGAUUUCGUGGGGUGAAUGGGCCGCCGUGUGCAAGCCCAUAGCCGGCUUCUGGAACAAAGACCUUAAGCCAACAUGCUUGGCCGUGAACAUCCACAAAGGCUUCGCGCUGAUGAACACAUCCUGCAACAUCUUAACUGAUAUAUGUUUUGCAUCCAUUCCCGUGCCAAUCAUACUGGGGUUGCAAAUGAAACAGAAGACUCGCAUCUACCUCAUCCUCGUUCUAAGCUUGGGUUACAUAGCGGUUGUCAUGGGCAUCGUCAAAACGGUCGUCCAAAACACCAAGAGAGGUGAUCCUGACCAGUCAUUUACGAACGAUAUACAGUUCUGGGGUUUCCUUCAGGUGAACAUUGGUAUCAUAGCCGCGUGCGCGCCCUCACUCAAGCCCAUCGUCGGUGGCAUUCUCCGUCUCCCGUCGACUCAGCAGUCCAAGAGCCGAAGUAAUUUCGGCACAGGCACAAACGGCCAAUCCAACAAAUCGAGAACACAGAGCAGGAUACGGGUCAGCACCCGAAUUCAGAGCAAGGGUUGGGUGCGGACGAAUAGCGAGAUCGAGCUGGAUGAAGGAGAAUCCUUCGGUAGCGAGACACAUAUAACGAGCAACAAGGAUGAUCGCUCUGGUAGCCAUUGA